AGGCAACUGCAAGUCCAACAGAUAACUCAAAACAGGUUUCUGGGACUGAUGCAGAAUUUUUGGGUACUAGGAUAUUUAAUACUAAAUAUUUUUGAUAUCAGCAUAUCUGGAAAAAUUAUACCAAUUAUUGUCAGUAUACUAGUUUUUGGGCUGUGGCGUUUUUCAGGGGCGUAGGAAGCGCACAGUCCCCAAUAUUUUAUAAGGGGGGCCCGGGAUAGCUUUCGGCCCCCCAAAAAAUUGUUAGAUUUAAAAAAAUAAUAAAAAAUUACUGCAAAAUUCUCAAAACUGGAAGUAUUUGAAACUGUAUUAUAUCAAUUGUUUAUUGCUAUUUUAAUAACAAUUUUUGUUUGCCUUUUGUCAUUGGAUGUUUUUGGUGUAUGCUGCUUGUUAGGCAGCAGUAUUUACUUGUUCAAAUAGUUAUCAUCUAACUUAGUCGCAAACCAUAUAGUAAACAUAUUUAUAGCUUACAAAUCAUAAUGUUAGAAUUUGAACAAGUUUAACAAAAGUGCUAAAGACCCUGAAAAUGCCUUUUCCGACGAUCUGGAGACUCCAAAUUUUCAAAAAAUUUCCAGCUCGGGGCCAACCAUGGUGACGCAUUGUGGGAGUCGCCCCCUCCCCCGUUAAUUCCUACACCCCUGCUUAAUUCCUACACCCCUGCUUCAUUCCUACCCCCCUGCUUAAUUCCUACCCCCCUACUGAUUGUUUUUUCUUAAUUGAUCAAAAAAAUCAGGAAAUGAAAGAAAAACAUAAAAUACCGGCUGAGCUGUCUGACAGUUGAUAGUUUUGUGGCUCUAACAUGAAGUCGUAAAUUUUAAUACAUGGCUAUGAGGACAGCUAAAUCAUGUAAACUUGCAGUGGACACAUGUUUGGUGUUAAAAUAGUUCUGCCACAUAAAAGAUGCUCCAGAGACAAAGAUUGCAUUUCGUUCCACCAUGAACAAAAUCAGACAGCGGCUUUUCUUUCAACCUACGUGGGCCAUUCUUUUUGGAAAAAAAUACACCAUAAACCUAUCAAUAAAAGUUUGGCUAACAUUUUUGCAGUGCUGGAAAAUGUCUGGCAGCGCCAGCAACACUGCUUCCAGGAAAUGUUUAACAAAAUAUCGAAAUUUUCUGACCUUGCAGGAAAUUUUUUUCAUCUUAUAAAAUUUACUUAUUGAAGUUAUUGUUUACAAAAGCGUUUUUCAAGUAGAGAUUGUCUUGUGCCAAUAUUGAAGUUUAUCACAAUGUGCCGCACCAUACGUUCUCUGAAAUCAAUACCGUAAAUUUGCGGGACGUUUUAUAUUUGACCUACACAAGAAAUUUUUAUUUUUGAUUUUGCUGCAGUUUUGGCUAAUAGAUCUUUCAUUUUUGAACACAUUUGCCAAUCCCUGAUCUGGUAAAAUUGACAAUUAUUGAUUUAUUAUCAAUUUGCCUAGUAGUUUCUGAGGGUCACCCGAAUGCUGAAUAUAAUAUAUUACUUAAAUAUUAUACAAAAUACAAAUUAAGUUAUUCAAAGUAUAUAAUCUAUUAUCUCUUUCAGAAAAUUCAAAUAGUGCAGACCAACACCAUGAUGAGUACUUUGUAAGUUAGAAUAGUAACUACACGUACUGUAUACUGUUGAGUAGAAUUGCAGACGGACAGAGGCUACGGAGCGCGCAGAGGAAAAUGGGAAGACAUGAAAAUUCCUCCCCUUCCCAUCUUUCCGCACCCCGAAUAAUUAGAAUUAGAAUAAUUAAUGAAUUAUUUGUUUUCCUCAUUAAUUUUUCUAAUUAUUCGUUUUCCUCAUACAGUCGAACCUGUAUUCAAACACUCAUUAAUAAUUCAUAAGCCAAUUGGCAAAUCAUGUCAACCAUAAUAUAUCACGUGCAAUGGCUUUAAACCUGAUAAAACACUCCUAAUUAGUAUUCUUUAUAUAAAGAAUACUAAUAAGGCAGUAUCUAUUGUAAUCGUGUCCGCAUUAGUAUUUUUUAUAUAAAGAAUACUAAUAAAGCAGUAAAUCUAUUGAAUUUGUAGUCGUGUUUGAAGCCGUAGGUCUAAGCCGUAGAAACUCGCAGGUCGUGUUUCAUUAGGGCUAAAGCCACUCGCGCUGCGCGCUCGUGGCUUUAAACCUAAUAAAACACUCCUGCUCGUUUAUUAAACAGUACUUAAGCGGUCACCCUUUGUUAAGCGGUCAUGUGGAAAUGACCCGAAAGUUUCAUAAUAUAAAUACUAUUUAAGUGACCUUUAUUGGACGGUCACCUCUAUUAAGCGGACGCGGUCACCUUUUCCACGGUCCCAAACUUAAAUUUUCGUUGUUUUGAAACUCCAUUAAACGGUCAGUGCAAAGGAACUAGAGCAAACAUAAAACAACAUAUAAUUAAAUUUUUAUUCGGCAACAUGUCAAAGUCUUUAAGUUUUGUUUAUCUUAUUACUCGAAUUUCCAUAAUCACUGAAAGUGUCAACAGUACUGUAUAUUCAAUGGACCUAUUCCUUAAUGAACAAAAUUUUGAUCUAGUCAAUUCUAGACAAAAAUUUUAUCACAGCUUGAAAGAGCAUCACAAAAUUAGUAAUAUUCCGAGGCUUUUUUGCGAAAUGCCAUAAAAUGCGGAUAAUAUAGCCCUGCGAAGUUUGUCGUUUUUCAGUCAUUUUGUAUUACGCACGGGAAAUUGAUACCGCGUUCCGUGAAAAGCUUAAUCGUACUAUCCUCCAAAUAUUCCCUCAUUAAAUUCAAAAUGCAAUUUGUGCGAAGGAUGUCACACGGCUGUUGCCUCGUGGAAUGGAAAAAAAACCAUCUCUCACUUAAUGAAUUUUAACAUUGCGCUCAUAAAAAUUCAUUAUUAAUUGUACUGUAUACUGUUCUUAAAUCUUAAUUUAUACACUUUUGUCAAGUUUUUCGUGUUUUUUAAUAAUUUCGUUUUAACUAAUAUUUAAGUCUGACGUUAACUAAGUAUAAAUUUUUAUCUGUGUAUAAAUAGGAGGAUGCUGAAGACUGGAUUAAUGUAAACAAUCGUUUAAAGCAACAUGGGUUUCGUUCUAUUAGACCAAUCCCUCCGAGUCAAGUUUCCGACGUGCAGUCAGGUACAAUAUUUAAAAUAUUAUUUGAUCACGCUGGAAUGGUUUUAGAGGAGACGGCAUAGCGGCCAUCCGUUUAGUGCGUACGCAAAAAUUUUCGAAAAUUGUACCCUUCCCUGGUACGCAAAGAACAAUAGAAAUGACGUCAUUUAUAAUAAACAAUAGGCGUACAUAUACGCAAAGCUUUAUUGCUUUUGUUGCGUACGUACUAGAGGUGUGCAAAUCCGAUCCAAUCGAAUUCGUUCGGAUUUCGGAACAAAAAUAUUCAUUUCGGAUUGGAUCGGAUUAAUAAACUGUUGUUUCGUAGUCGGAUCGGACUGCGAUAUUGGAAAUAAAAUGAAUUAAUUAUCCAGAAUCAUGCACUGAAUCAUGCACUUUGUCAGCUUCUUAACAUGUAUUUCUUGCUUUUAUAUUUAUUUCGUUAAAUAUUUCCACUUGAAUCAAAACUCGCAUUCGGAUUAGACAAUAUCGGAUCGGAUUGGAUUUUAAACAUUAGCCAAUUGUCGGAUUAUAAUCGUCCAAUCCGAUCCGAUGCACACCUCUAGCACGUACUAAAUGCAUGACCCCGUACUGUAUGCUGUCGGUAAGUGGUAUUUUUCGCAGCUGUUCCCCCUUCCUGGCUAGGUCCUAAAUAUGUAAAAUCGAAAAAACCGUUGAAUAAACAUUGUUCCCAUUGACAAUGUGCUACAAUCCAUAUCCAGCGAGAUGCUCAAAGUAUCGAACAUUUUUAGCUCUCAUUUUGCCACAUCUGCACAAAAGGAAAAACUUUAAUUUGCUUGAUUAUACAAUACGGCAUACUGCAUGACAUACUUCUGGAAAUACACCGUACAUGCAUUUUAAUUAACUAAUUAAGUUAAUAGAUCACGGUAAGUACUGCACAAGCUAGUGGCUCCACACCGGGCAAGCUGAAAAACUGCUUUCAAGACCGUGUGGUGGGUAUUGAAUGAUGAUGAUGUUUGACAUCAGUUCUUUCUCUAUAAUUUGAUAAACCUUGCUGUGUAUAAAUUCCACAUUUUUUUCAGGGGUUUUUCUUGAUGAGGCUGAAGCUCACAUGCUCAGAAACACAAUUGAGAAACUCUUGGACGACUGCGAACGACGUCAAGCAUUAGUGCAAGAACUCAUCACUUCUUCAAAUAAGUUACAGUAAGUGUCAUUUGUACAUAGAGUGUUAUAAAUUAUUGUAUUUUAAUGAUAUGCAUUUUAUUGACACGCCCGUGACUCUCUGGUUUGCGAACAUCUUUCUACCACUGCAUGUAUGCGGUUAUUAAAAUUGAAUGUUCCUCCAUUAACGUUUUUAUUCUAAUAAACGCCCGUUUAUUUAAACUUUGGAAGGUGGGCGUUUAUAAGAGAGAGAGGCGUCUAUUAUCUACAAACUUUAAAUUGAACUGAUAUUUCUAAAAGUAUUAAAGUAUUUUCACUAGGAUGUAAAUAUUAUAGUGCAUGAUAUUAGAGUUAGUUUUUACAUACCUGUAAUUAAAGCUGUAAAUAAUUUCUAGUAUUUAUAAUAAGCAUCCGUUACUGUUGUAAGGAUUUUAAUAAUUAUUACCCGUGUGCGCAAUUGAAUGCGUAAAUAAACCACAUGCAAGUAUUAGUAUUAUGACGUCCCAAAGAUGAAGGGUACGAUUAAGGGUAAACAUUAGGUUAGGAUCGAUAAGAGUUAAGGAACGUUAUGAUUAGGGUUAUUGUACAAUUAGAGUUAGAAUUAUAUUUAAAUUGAGAUUGUUUAAGUUGACCCAAUAUUUACAGUGGUGAUAACUUAAAUUGAAUAAAUAUUUUUUUAUUUUCAGAGAGGAAGUAAAUGCGAAAAGCGAUAAAGCGUAUCGUUAUGAUAGAGAGGUACUUGUUCUGCACGGUUCUAGGCACUAUUUUUUGGGAGAUAUUGUACAAUUUAUAUUCUUCAAACCCAAACAAUGUUAAUGCAUGGAGCAUUUUUUCUAAGGUUGGUCGACUUCGCAAAGAACUAAAAUCCCAGCAAUCACAAAUUCAGGUAGAUGUAUUUUCAUCGUGCAUAUACACUGUACUGUUUAAUGCAAUCUUGUGCAAUGGCCUCGUUUUCAUGUGGGUUAUUUUCUCAGAUUUUGUGUACAAUUUGGUUAGGGAUACUGUAGGCCUAUGAUUGGGCUCCCCCCCUCCCCAUCACAAGCCUAUCCGACACCACCACUUCAAGUAAACACCAUGGCUACGUCCCUGGACCUCAAUUCAAAAGAAUGAUAAUAUAGAUUAUAAUAUCAGAAUUAAUAACAGUAUGAACAAUUUUCAACCCUUCGAUUUCGCUCAGAAUAAUUUUGACUGGAUGUUCUUGAAGACAAGACAAGUGUGCAGUCAUGCAACUCGCCGCUAAACGGUUAUGCAGUAUGUAGUAUAUAUAGUAGAGUCUCCUAACCCUAGACACUAUAUUUCCUGACUACGUGACAUGAAAAUGUAGCGAUAUCAUUCACCGGCUUUGUUAAUCCCCCUGAUAGACAUUCGAAGUUGCCAUUGAGGUCGUUUCCUGGUGAAAUCUCAUUGCCUAAGCAGGAUUGCUCUGUUCCUAGUAAUAGCAAGUUGGUUAUAUAAGUAGUAAUAUUCAAGACAAUGAACUUUUUGUUGAUCUGGGCUUGGAUUUCUUGACUGCAUGCAAAUUGCCGAAAAGUUGAAAUACGGUCAAUAGAAUAGGUAAAAUACCCUAUUCUUUCGGCUCAGUGUAAUCGUUUAACUGACGUCAAAAGUUAAACAAUGCGCAUCUUGGGUUUCCAUAUUUUACACGUAGGAACUUGAACAAAAACGUCUAGAUGAAGUGCGAAGUCAUGGUGAAGAAAUGCAAGCGACGAGCAUCGCCAAGGCUGACGUACAAGCAAGAUGUGAUGUUCUUGAACAAAAAUGUGUUGAAAUGGAACAGGAAAUUGUUGAACUACGAUAUCAAAAUCAGGAAUUGGUUGCAAUGGUUUGUAAACAUUUAUACAAGAUGCAUUACUCUGGAAUCGCGUUAUUGAAAGAUGUGUGAGUUGUAGGAGUGUACAAACCUCAUAUUGGAAAUCACCCCCUCGCACAAAAAGUCCGUAUCAACUAAUAUAGUUAGGAUCUGGGACCAAAAAAAGGAAUUACAAUUAACAUGUAUAGUUUAGUGAAGAGCCGCUCGCGUAAUUAUUGUCCUUAAACUAUAGGAAAGAGAGAGGCAAGGAAGGACGUCUGUAUUUCCCAAACAUAAGUUUGGUAAAGAUGAUUCAAACAGGUAGACUAAUAUAUUUAUUUUUCUCUUGUUCAGUACGGUACUUCUAUUGAACUUAUGCGCCUGUUAGUUUUAGUAAAUUUUAGUGAAUGUUUAAAAUACCUUUGUGAAUGUUUAAAAUACGCAUAGCUAUUGAAAAUGCACAGUGUACAUUCAAAAUGGACUUGAUCUUUCGUCUUUGUUCAUUGUCCACCAUACGACAUUUUAUGCAUUUGUCUAAAUCCUCUCACAAAGAAAACUGCCACUUUCUUGUCUGUGAUACACACUGACCCAUCUCAUAGGAUCAACAAUUUAAAUAUGGACUUGAUCUUCCUUCUUCAAAUGAGCAGAGCUGAUGCAGAGUAUGGAAGCAAGAAGUUGAAGCAGCGUAAGAAGUUAAUGCAUUAUGUAUUGUUGUUUCACUAGUCAAGACAGCAAAACAAGUAAUAUUGUAGAAAAAGACCUUGAUGAUGACCACCCACCCAAUCAAGAUUCGCCCACGACUGCCAGUGAGCUGGAUGAUGGUGGACAGUCAACUCCAAGAAAUCUUGAAUCCACGCCUGAAACACUGCAUAGUGAAAAUAUGCUGGAAGGAAAGGCUAGUAAGACAGAUCUCAUGCCAAGUUCGAAGUUUCUUCAAAAGAAAUUAAAGGUAAUUAAUUUUACGAGAGGUAGACAACAAUCACAGAUAACACUCAACAACAGCUAGAAUAAUGUUCUUUAUUAUUUUGUAUUUGUUCACUUUACAACCUUUUUGUCUAAAAUACAUAUCCAUUAACAUGAAGAAUUCAACACAAAUAGAGACAAGUAGUGUAUAGGGUUAAAAGUAGUUUUAACAGAACAGGAAUCAGAUAUGAAACCAUGAAACUGAAUCAGACAUGAAUAAAGACAUGAAACUGAAUCAGGCAUGAAUAAAGACAUGAAACUGAAUCAGACAUGAAUAAAGACAUGAAACUGAAUCAGACAUGAAUAAAGACAUGAAACUGAAUCAGACAUGAAACUGAAUCAGGCAUGAAUAAAGACAUGAAACUGAAUCAGACAUGAAUAAAGACAUGAAACUGAAUCAGACAUGAAUAAAGACAUGAAACUGAAUCAGGCAUGAAUAAAGACAUGAAACUGAAUCAGGCAUGAAACUGAAUCAGACAUGAAUAAAGACAUGAAACUGAAUCAGACAUGAAUAAAGACAUGAAACUGAAUCAGGCAUGAAUAAAGACAUGAAACUGAAUCAGACAUGAAUAAAGACAUGAAACUGAAUCAGACAUGAAUAAAGACAUGAAACUGAAUCAGACAUGAAUAAAGACAUGAAACUGAAUCAGACAUGAAUAAAGACAUGAAACUGAAUCAGGCAUGAAUAAAGACAUGAAACUGAAUCAGACAUGAAUAAAGACAUGAAACUGAAUCAGACAUGAAUAAAGACAUGAAACUGAAUCAGGCAUGAAUAAAGACAUGAAACUGAAUCAGACAUGAAUAAAGACAUGAAACUGAAUCAGACAUGAAUAAAGACAUGAAACUGAAUCAGACAUGAAUAAAGACAUGAAACUGAAUCAGGCAUGAAACUGAAUCAGACAUGAAUAAAGACAUGAAACUGAAUCAGACAUGAAACUGAAUCAGGCAUGAAUAAAGACAUGAAACUGAAUCAGGCAUGAAUAAAGACAUGAAACUGAAUCAGACAUAAAUAAAGGAAUACCAAAUAGGCUUCUGUGCAGGAUAGCGUCAUCCAUGGAGAUAUUUCAUUUUUGGUCGUUGAUAUUUGAUAGUAGAUACUUUCACAUAUUUGACGCCUGUCACCAUAUAUUCUGUCCCUCCAAACGAUCCCAGAAUGCACUGUGAUCUCUUUUGGAAAAACGCUAAUUAGUCUUUAUCUUGCGCUGAUUUAGUCGCUAAUUAGUCUUUAUCUUAAUUAGUCUUUAUCUUGCGCUGUUUAUCCGCCAUUGGAGGUGCUGCCUCUUCCAUGUCUGAGAGUGCACACACAGCGAAAUGCGACAAGUCGUUUUUCACAUUGUUAGAUUGUCUAGAUUCUUUGACGCGGGAAUUAUGACCGUACCUCAAAAAUGGUGGAUAUUGCAUAGACUAAUUAGCCUGCAGAUAGCUACCGUGAUCGCUAAAGCAUAAUUAUUCAUGUUUAUAUGCCACGUAUAAGCAAGGUCUCUAGCCAUAACGAUUGUUUGUAGCAAUUUGUUGAAUUGGCACUUCGACUGAUCCAGAUACUUUUCGCAAACUUUCAUGCUUUUGCAGUAUUCACACAUACUCUUUUCUAUUAAUUAGACGACUGAAAGGCAUGUCGAAGAGUCGAAGAAAUUGAUUGAUUUGUUGGAAGAUGAAAAUAAUAAAUUGAAAGCAGAACUCACAAAAAGGUAAUGGAGAACACUGGAAGAACCGUUGUAUGUUCUUGGCAACCUCGCACGCCAGGCUCUCUUCCUCCGCUUUCCCCGAAAAUAGGAGUUGAAAAGUAUAGUGCUGUGCGAUAAUGAAAACUGGACAAUAUUUCACUUUGUAUUCUAGACCGGGUUUAGAUGAAUGGAGGAAGGCGUGGAAAUAUAACAAAAAACUUGAAAGAAUUCUGAUGGAAAACAACCUAAGGUGACUUUUACUUUUAGUGAAAUAUUUACAGGACAAUCAAUAAGACAGUCUUUUACUGUUAUUAAAGAUUGUGAGAAUUGCAAAGAGUCGGACUCUUCCGAUUUUUUCCAGGUAUGUAGCUUCCGUACAUAUGCAGUCAUUCACAGCAGCGUGAAAUAUUUAUUGGUUAUCAAAUAUCCUUCAGCCCUUUUUCACGUUUGAUUAACGUUCGGGCACAUUUCGCAUUAUCGGAUCAUUUUUUAAUGCUCUGGCCUUUGUCUCAUUUUUGUGUUACUCGUUUUCAAUCCAUUCUUGCUUUAGUCAGGGCUUCGAUGACACACGAAGUCGUCAGAGCGAAUGCCUUUCAACUUUGAAAUCGUUGGCUUGGAUUAGUGCUGCGAACAUAGCUACGACUCUUAUCAGUCUUACGUGAAGAGUCUACUGCUCUACCGAAAGUCGUGGGUUUUCUCCAGAUACUCCGGUUUGCUCCAACAGGAAAUGUUGACCGGAUGCGUUGGGAUAAUUCUAAACUAACCUUUCCAUCGUAGCUGUGUCCGGUGGUGAGACAUGAGUCAUAUAUACGAUGACCGCCAGAGGCGCCCAGAAUUGAUCAGGUUGAGUUGUGUCCUUCCACUCCUUCCUAUUCAGCUCAGCUCUCAGCUGCAAGUAUGUAGAAUAUCAGCAAACCCCCUAUACCUUCCUGAUUAAUUAUAAUACUUACACCUUUUUAGUAGCUCAAGUAGAAGAACUAAGGAACUGAAUGAUAAGAAAUCAGUAAAGCAUAAAACUCAUGUACGUGCAUGUUAUACUGUCAUAAAAUAUUUUACUUUAAGUUAAUGUAAACCAUUGGUCGUUAGCCCAAAAAGAAUCCAAUUUCUUUCAUUUGCUUUUUUUCAUAGUGCUAAGAACUUGAUGUUUGUGAUGUUACUCUGAGUGUAUAUCCACACCUGGCGAGCUUGAAAAAUAUGCCCGGCCACUGUGGGAAUCGGUUCCAAAGGUCGUAGGUUCGAUUCCCACCGUGGCCGGGCAUAUUUUUCAAGCUCGCCCGGUGUGGAUAUACACUCAGAGUAACGUCACAAACAUCAUAUUCACCUGAGUACACAACACCAACACAGAAAAAAUGCUAAGAACUUGUUAUCCCACAGUACGUCAUAGACUCUAGCUCGAUUCUUUGUAAUAUCAAUCCGGAGAACUUUCACACAUUAUAAUAACUGUUAAUAAUAAUAUUGAUAAUGACUUUAAUAAAAGUUAUAAUUUGAUAUCUUUUAAUAAAAGUUAUGAUCAACCCUAUCAUGCAGCUUGGGUGUCACAGAACAAUAUAGAAAACUAGUUGCAGAGCCUUUGUAUAUUUUCCUUUCACAGAUUAAAGACAUUGAUUUUCUACCCAUCAAUGUGUGCAGAAAGUAUAUUAAGGUAUUUGAUCACUAAUUCGAUAUAAAUUUAUAGUUAAUUGCUAAAUAAUGUCAGUCAUAGUUUUGUAUCUUCCUAGAAGUACGAUAAAAAUUCUUGAUGAUAGAAACAGAAUAGUUUUCUCUUCAGCCACUAGACAGUUAAUGAUUUUGUUUAAGUAAUCAUACAAUGAAAUGCUUUUUUUAAGUUUCGACCUAAGUGCAGUGAAGAUUUUAUUAAAUGUUCAUGAUGAAAGCAUCGCUUUGUUUUUCCAGCGAAUAUGCAUGAGGUUGAACAUCAACGACUUGAAAGAAAUCAACCCACUUUUAGACUCUUUCGUCUCUCUUGGUGAAACACAAAAGAAGAUGGAAGCGGUACGUUUUUAGUUGGUCUGAUUAAGAGUUAAGGUUAACAUUGGAUUACGGUUACUUAAAGUAAGAAAUAUUUGUACUAAUGGUUUCUUCAGGUUAGGUUAGGAUAUAAGGGUUAGGGCUAAAUUUAAAGUACAAUAUUGCCAAUAGGGUUAAGAAGGUACUAGUCUUAGAGGUAUUUGGGGUAUAUUGGAGUUAUUUGAGGUUUUGGUUUAUUUAAGGUUAGAGUUUAUUUAUAGUGUUAGAGUUUAGGAAUAAUUGGGUUACGUUUUCUUAAGGUAUAUAUGGUUUAUGAAAGGCUACCUAGUAGGAAUUACAAUCUUUGUUACAAUAAAAAAAUUCAAUACGAAUCAGGUUGAAGUUCCUUGUAGGUUUGUAAGUAUAGUAAUCCAGUUUUUUGUGAAGAACUGCACCAUGAUUAUUUAUUUGCCAAAUUAAUAAUCGUGGUGUUUCCCACAAAGCAAAUGAACGGUUUAUGUUAAUGAAGAUUAAUGCUAUAGAGGAUUUUCUUUUAAUGUAGUUAAUACGAAGAAUCUUGCAAGUGAUAGAUAUAAAGAAUGUUCCGUAUCAGUUGCUUGAUGAUAUAUCAGACAGCACGGAACCACGUGAUCAUUCUGUUUAUUGUGAAAAGGCCUGGAAACUAAUCUUACCAACGCUCAAGAAGUGGUCAAGUGAAAUAAAGAGCUUGAAGGUAAACUGAUGAUUUCACAGAGGUGGAUUUUUUCUUUCUUGGACGCUAUAAAGCAUUGAUUUAAAUUCUCUGCCAGGUUCUCAGAUAUUCACAGGACAAAAUAUCACGUUUAAUCACAUCAUCAUAAUUUAACAGUUCAAGACGCAUCGUUGUGUAAACUUGGAUAGCAGUAUCUACUGUAUACUAGCAAUGGUUCUGUCUAUCAUGCUUCACAUUUGCAUAGAGAUUAUAAAUAACACUGUUAUUUAUAAUCUCUAUGCACAGUUUGCCUAUAGUAGUUCGUCUAUAAUACCGUAAGCAUCAUUCGUCGAGGUUCGGCUGCGUUUCGUAGUCCAAUCUUUUUCGGCCUAUAGGUACCAUACACAUUCAUCGUUAGUAUGUUAAUUCCGAAUUUCUCUAUAUUUUAAUAGGCACUGAAAGACGAGAUCACGCGUUUAUCUCAAAACAUUUUUCCUUGGAAACCUGCGCAGGAUUUGUUUGUCGAAGGCAAUGAGAACGAUCUUAGUGUUGAUGAUCUCAAGAAAGCUUUAGAGAAGAUCAGCAUGAAUGACGAUCGAGCUAAGGCUUCUGAUUUACGAGAGGAUGAUCCUGCCUCGAUGGAACAGUUAAAAAGCAUUGUAGCACAUUUCCAGAAAUUGUUCGAUGUUAAAAGUAUUACGGGUAUAUUUCCAAGAAUGAACGAAGUUUACAGCAAAGUAGGAGAGACGUACAAUGUGAUGAAGACUAUCAGAGAAACUCUCGAUUUAGGUUUGUGAAUAUGAUGUACUGCAUCAGGUCGAUCAGGACAGUAUAUUGUUCACUGGCAUAUAUGCUGUAGUUCUUAAAGGGGGAAAAGCUGGUCUGAAAAAAGUUACAAAAACGUUUCUUUCUGUGAACGCAAUGACAGAACAAAAAAUGUCCUGCCAAUAUUCUUGCAUAUGGUUAACUUAGCAAGAACGGAAAAGUGUAUAGAUGCGAUUGGCUAUCGAGUCAGUCUAAAUGGUCUAAUUUGAUCACCCUUACCAUCCUGUAAGAAAGUCCAUCUAUUACACCCGUCCUUCAAUUGUUUUGUUUGUUUCUAUCUUUUUUUUUGUUUAAGUUCAUUAUUACUUAAAACAUUCUGGAAACUUCAAUUUUUUUCUGGGACCAAAUGGUUCCGUGGUCCGAUACACUUUCCACCUUUGGGAAAUAGAAAUUUGGAAGAGGCGUUUGUCACAUUGCAAACUGAUCCGAAAACCGAUUUUCCGUAUUGAACUUGGUAUAAAAUUAGUCUACUGUACUUCAUUUUAAACAAAGUAUUUGUACAUUCCGCCAUUUGAUCUAGUUUCAAGGCAAAAUGGCGGAUGGCAGGAUAUAUGUAUUUGCUCACAAACAUAUUAAAAAUUAAGAACGUUAUUGAGAAUUUGUGAUAAUUCUUUGUAAGGCCUAAAAGAUUCUGUUUCUGGUCUACAACUCUCACCAACAUCCCAGAAAUAUUUGACAUGGGAAAGUAUUGGGGUUCUCCCUCCCUUCCCCCAGUGUUGCUCACAGUUCAUGAUACAAAUUUAAAAGCCAUUUUUCCUUACAGCACCAAAUGCAAACUCGGUGGAAAUUGUGAAUGCCAUUGGAAAGAUUCAAACAGCAAAGCACUACUUGAAGUUUCAGGAUUUACCUGGGUAUGUUUUCUAGUUCAUGAAAUUGAUAUCUUAUCACGUUUAUCAACGAUUAGUUCAGAGCUUCCAGUGUCUUAGUGCCGUUCGAUUGAUAAGCUACACACGUAAAAACGCACAAGUUGUUACAGGUCUGCAAACACGUUGUUACAAAUCUGUUCACAUGCUGUCGACAAGUUGUGUUCGCACUGCGUGUUCCCAGUUGUUGUAACAAGUUUGGAACAAGCAGUUAACAACUUGUAACAAGCUUGAUGGCAUUAUCAGACUUGUUACAAGGUUAUUGAUUACUACCAUGCUAAACCGUGCAUUCCGUUUAUCGUCAUCCUGGAAACACUUUGUGGAAGAGUGUGAUCGUCUAAAGAGCGUUUUUGCCAAUCUACGAUAUCCUCUCAGACUCGUUGACUCAAUCAUCUCUGAGUUUGUAACCAAGAAAUACGCAGAAAUGAACAGCUCGACCCCAACUGAGUAUGUGAAAAGAGAUGUGAUUUGCGUGGCCCUGCCGUUUAAAGAUCAGAAGUCGUCUGAUAUCGUGCGAAGACAACUCGCAGGCCUUGGUACGGUGAUUGGUAGAGCAUUAGAGCCAGUAUUUAAAAGUAGAAAGAUCAAAGAAGAAGUUAAAGUUCACGAGAUGAAACCACCAAUUGUAAAUCAACAACGCGUUGUGUAUAGAUAUAAAUGUGAUCUGUGCGAUGCAGAUUAUGUUGGCUAUACUAGUCGGCACUUACAUCAGCGCAUUGAUGAGCACAAGCGAUCGGUAAUCGGGAAACAUAUGAGGGAAGAUCACGAAGAGGAUGCGUCGAGAAUUGAAGGUUGCUUUUCAAUUCUAUGAAAAUGCCAAGGAAAGUAUGAGUGUCUUCUAUACGAAAUGCUGUAUAUUAAGGAACUAUCGCCGUCCUUGAACACUCAAUCGGACUCGAUUCGUUCAAAACUUUAUACUUAGUCCUAUAAUUAAUGGGCUUUAUGUUUGUUUUGUUUAGUAUGUUUGUUUGUUGUUGUUUUUUGUGUACAUGUUAUAUAUUUAUGAAAGACAGAAAUAUGUUUAAUCUGUUUUAUGUUUUCUUUUAAAUGAAAUUUAUGUAAUUUAUUACGUCAUAUAAAUUUAAAUUUUGCAUGCUUACGCAAUAAUUUGCUAACGUGACACGAACGGUUUAAUUUAAAUCAACGCAAUAUAUGUAAUACUAUAACUUGAAAAUGAUGCACGCUGUAGCAUCGAAACGUCGUUUAAUAAAUGUAAUAUCGCUAUCAUUUGUUUCAAAAUUAUUUUCAAAAAAGUUUUUGAUUAAUGUUACAAGGUUGUUCUAACAAGUCUGAUGCAGUCAUGAUAUAACAGGAAUGUUACAAGGUUGAUGACACAAGGUUGUAACAAUAUUGUUAUAUCAUGACUGUAUCAGACUUGUUGGAACAACCUUGCAACAAGUCUGAUAAUAUCAACAAGGUUGUUACAAGUUGUUAACAGUUUGUUCCAAACUUGUUGACAAAUUGGGACAAGCAGUGCGAAGACAACUUGUUGGCAGACUUGCUACAAGAUGUGAGAUUUUUACAAGUGUAGGCAAUGCAUGCAUGUCCUAACAUGUGUUAAUAUGUACAUUCCAAACAUGCAGAAAGAAAAUCUAAGUAAUGAGUAUAUAUUUUGUUUUAGUAUCAUCAAACGUCUUGAGGAGUACGACGAAUUUUUCCCUGCAUUUCAAUCGCUGGUAUCCCAGUUGUACGACUUGUUAGGUAAGUAGUGAAAUGUAAAUUUGGUGUUAAAUUGUGUUGGUGUUCGUGGCUUCGUGCCACCCGACUGGACGGAACCCUUCCGUAUAAAAUAACGAGAUAAAUAGGCGAAAUGCACGAGGCGUGAAUGAGUGUCCACACUACAACGAAAAUGAUAAGAUUAUCAUUUGACGAUAACGAUUUUAAAAUCGCUCACCCGAGCGAUUUUGUUUUCAGUCGGACGAUAACGAAGUUAUCGUUGUGUAGUGUGACUGUGACCAGGCCUUAAGCCUGUCCGCCAUUAGGGCAUGAGGUUCAAGGUAGUGGUUAGUUCAUAACGACAAAAAACAAAAGUUCGAAAUAAAACAGUAGUUAAAUACAAAGAUUUUGUUUCCCUUUGCAGGCGUUGACAAGAUGGAUGAAAUUCUCACGGCUGUCAAAGCACUGAUUCACUUUCCUCAGAAAUAAGAUAUUUUUACCUGUAUAUCCUAUACUGUACAAUCAUCAUUUUACUAUGUGUGUGACUGUGCGUUACCCUUGGAUACAAAGAUUGUCUUAUACUAUUUAAGAUUUUUAACGAUUAUUUAUAAAACGUUCUGUCCACGAUAAGGCAUGUACUGUACAGAUUUUUACAGCCAUUUUUAGAAAGCCCGAUUAGCUUAAAAGCUGGAUAUGCCAAAGUACCCUGUAACGUUCAUAUACUGUGAAUGAGUUAACGGUACACUGUACAGUAAAGAAGUUGAAAAUUGAAUUUUGGCUUUUCGAUAAAUCUACUGUACUCUGUAGACUCUUGUUCUUUAUUCUAUAGGCUUACCCACUAGGUUAGCUGAACGUGCUUCAUACAACCUGCCCUAUAGUAGUGAUAAAUAUCCAAUGUUGUAUAAAGUGGGUACAUGAUACUACUUGUAAUUUUGUUUGGUAAUGCAGCGUAGACUGAAAUAUAAUCAACAUGUGAUCAAAACAAAACGAAAAUAAACAAAACGAAAAUAGACUAUACAGGAUUUGUUUUUUACUUCACAUAAGUGUAAUAUUAAUAUUUAGUAUAAACCUACUAGUAGGCUAUCACAUAUCGUGGCUUCUGAUUGGCUACGCUACUAGUAGGCUAUUAGUG